UCUACUUAUUUAUCCUCCAGUAUACCCCAGCAACACCAAAAAUAAGAAUAAGUAUUUUUUUUUGUAAAUAGCUAAAUUUCUAACAAGGACUGCUAAGGCAACAAUACAUUAUAUGUGCAUUGUACAGUAUAAAUUGAUGUAGGCUGUAUGUAUCAGGACCCUGCCCUCUCAGAGACAAGUACUACAUGCACCUCCCUAACUAAGGGAUAUCUGACCUCUGAAUAUAUACAUCAUGUAUUGUUUUAUUGUGGGAAGGCAGUCUCACCUCACCGCACCCUCCUCUCUCCUGAUAUAUAUACAUUAUUAUACUGGCAGUUUGAACAUUUACACAACCACUUGGAGUUUCUAUAUACUGUACAUUCAAUUAAUUGAAUGAUAGGAAAAUGAUUUGGGCAAACAAAAUGAUGUUUAUGGGAAUAUUUCUUCUUCUAACUGUCAGCCCCGUUGAAUGCCAGAGUCCAUUUUCAUCAUUACUUAAUACCAUCACAAACAUCAUAAAUCAAGUUACAAACAUAAUUAAUUCAAUUACUAAAGUAAUAUCUAGCGUUAAACCAACUACUCCUCCCCCACAUUUUAAUGCUUCAAGUAUCACCCCUUUUCCGGUACGUAAUAGAACUUUGGCUGUUACUGAGAUUACUAUAAACAAAUCAUCAUCAAGCAGGCAAGAGACAUCUUCUGGGAGUAAAGACAUUAGCCUGCCACCCUCUACUAUUAAAAUGGCACUGUCUGCUACUACUUCUACUAAUCCAAGAAGCUCACAAAAAUCAACCAACACCUUUACAACUUAUAUAGAUGAAGCCAGCAGCAAGCUAGAAAAGUUUCAAACUACAAGAAAUCAUUUCAGUGUUGGGACAAUUGCUAUUUCUAAGACAAAUUCUGCUCAGUUAAUGGAAAGUACUAUCAGUCAACCCACUAUCAACGCAACAAAAUCUGCUGUUUCAGAGACAAGUAUUCAUCACCCAUCAACAAUUAUAUCAAACAAUAAUGUUAACAAUGAAACAACUUUUGCAAGGAGCACAGAUACAGAUACAGACACCACUAUCCACCCAUCUUUACAAGAAAGUUUAACUUCACACACUACAACAAAUACUUCCACAAGUGACAUAAAAUCUUCUCCUGUUACUAAGAUUGCAGGGCAAUCAUCUGCAAAUAAAUAUAUAGUAUCACCAACUUCAGCCAUCACUCGUUUAAGUUCUUUCUGGAAUUUGACAAGCAAGCAUCAGUUGCUGACGAACAGAGUCAACACUGUCAACAAUAUGAACAAUAACCAAUCCUCUUCCACAAGUAGCAAUGGAUAUUUAUCUAUAACCAAUGCCACAAACAAGCCACGUACAACACCCUUUGCGGCACAAGGUACAAAUUAUAAAUCACCAUUAACUACAGCUACAGCAAAUGAUAUGAGCAGAAAGUUUAUGACAACAAAUACGAUUUCGUCAAUAAGAAACAGUGCAAGUGCAUUAGUAUCUAGCACAGUAAGUAAGUUAUCAAGUAUAAACCUUGAAUCCAGUAGCCAGUCAGUUUUUACAAGUAAUAGAGGAUCUCUUCCUGCUACUCAGACUACACGCCAGUCAACUUCAAAGGAUGAGAUGGUAUCAUUCAGUCUAUACAAUAGCAGAUCUACCCCUUACUCAAAUUUGACAAGCAGACAAUCAUUAUUAACUGACACAGUAACAACUUCCAGCCCAAAGGUCAGUAGUCGUUCUGUUUCCACAAUGCAUACAACACCACUCUCAAGUAGCCAGCAGCUCUCAACCAAAUUUGUGACAACCUUGUAUACACUAUCUGCAUCAAGAAACACAAAAAUGUCUACAGCUGCUGUGACAAAUGUUCAACUAUUUACAGUUGAUGUUAUUUCUGCUAUUACCAGGUAUAGGACCCAAUCAACCUUGACAAGCAGCAAAGCAUCUUCUGCAAAUACAACAUUGACCAGCACUAGAAGUACUUCAAGUACAAGUACCAGUCAAAAAUCAAAAUUAACAAAGCAAAUAACUUUAUCAAGCAAAAUAACCUCUGUGAAACCAACAAAAAACAUGCCACAUUCUACUACUGUGAACAGAAGUUAUUCAUUACCAACAGCCAACUUUGCAAUAUCCUCUGGAAAAGAAACCAGUAUCCACUCUAAUUCUACAAGUAAAAAUUCAGAACCUUAUACCAAUACAUCAACUACAUUGAUUAAUAAUUCACGUUCUAGCACAACUACUGCUAAUAAAAUAUCAUCAAACAGUAAAAUAACAAUGACUACUGUGAUCAGCAAUACCACGUUUUCAUUCAACACUAAACGUUCCAGUGACUCAAAAGCACCUUCUUCUCAGAUGACACCACAAGCAUUGACCAGUAAAGUUGCAACAGGUGGAGGUAGUUCAGUAUUGUCUUCAAAUAAAAGCCUUUCCUUCUGGGCCAUUGUGCUUAUCUCACUAGCAAACAUCACUGGCUCUACAUUGGUUGCUUAUUGGUAUCAUCUUAAACAGACGAAAUGCACCUAA